UGGUGUUUGAAGAUCUUACCGGACAAUAUUUAACGUAGCACGCUGUCAUAACUACAAAUCGAAAAGCUCUUUGUGGGAGCAAAGUUGUUAAUCCGAGGUAGUUUUUCACGUUUUUUUGUAAAUUAAUAUCUUAUGUUUCCGUGAUCACCCACCAGGCUUACAAAAAUGGAGGAGGAGGAUGAUUGUCCAGAGUUGGUGCCCAUUGACAGCCAGUCUGGUCCCCCAGCUCGGCAGAUCCCCGUCACCAUCAUCACCGGUUACCUGGGUGCUGGGAAAACCACACUGCUGAAUUAUAUCUUGACAGAACAACACAAUAAGCGGAUUGCUGUCAUUCUCAAUGAGUUUGGAGAAGGGAGCGCUCUUGAGAAGUCGCUGGCAGUGAGUCAAGCAGGGGAGCUGUAUGAGGAGUGGCUGGAGCUGAGAAAUGGUUGCCUUUGCUGCUCUGUCAAGGACAACGGGCUCAAAGCCAUUGAAAACCUGAUGGAGAAGAAAGGAAAGUUUGACUACAUUCUUUUGGAAACAACAGGACUUGCUGAUCCAGGAGCAGUGGCUUCCAUGUUUUGGGUCGACGCAGAGCUCGGCAGUGAUGUCUACUUAGACGGGAUUGUGACUGUCAUUGAUGCCAAAUAUGGGCUUCAGCAACUAAAAGAGGAAAAAGCAGAAGGACUUGUCAAUGAAGCAUCCAGACAGGUUGCUCUUGCUGACAUCACCAUUAUCAAUAAGACAGAUCUGGUGGAGGAGGAGGAACUGAACCGAGUUCGAGACACUGUCAGGUCUAUAAAUGGUCUUGUUAAGAUUUUAGAGACCCAGAGAUCAAGAGUGGAUCUCUGCGACGUUCUGGAUCUGCAUUCAUUCGACUGUCAGGACGGAACAAAACUCACUGAGAAGCUCCAGCUUGUGCAACCGACCAGACCACACCUGGACAAGCACAUCCUUUCCUGCAGGAUAAAGCGGAAUGCGAUCUCAGAGCCCUGCAUUACCCCGGGGCUUCAACACUUCAGUGAAAACUCCCGCCCUGCUGCACUUUUUGUGCUGCAAUCAAUUUGAUGCGUUUGAUGUUUUUGUGUUGGAUUACAAAUGGAGUCAAUCUGAGCUAAAAACAACCUAAGCACUGUAGCACCUUUGCUCUAGACUAACAAGAGCUCCCCGGCCACAUUAAACUUUUUUAGAUAAUUGUAACUUUGAAACCACAAAUUUCAGUCUCUACAGCAAGAUAUUGCAUUAUCUUUUCCCAGUGAGGAUGGUUUAUUUAACAUAAAACAGAAUAGAAAUGUAUGUAUUGUGCCACAAUGGGGAAAUUCUGCUGCAGCAAAGUGAUAGGUAAUCAAAGUAAGUAGGUUCACACAAAGAUAGAAGAUUAAAUAUGUAACAAGAAAAUAAAGAAUAAAAUGCUGCACAAUGAGGUCAAAAGUUCAACACAAAUAUUAUAUAGUUAUUAAAGAAUAGCGUAGUCCAAAUAUGCAACUGAGUAGGUUAACUUUUCAAAAAUAGUUGAGAAUGUGCAUGUAUUUUUGAGUUUUAAAAAACAAAAGAACUUUUACAAAAAGCGACUGUGCAACAGCAGAGAUAUGUGGACGCCAACAGAAAUGUCAAAGACCUGUACAGUAAUGCAUAGGGAAAAUAUGGAUAUGUUGAUAUAUUGUAUAUAAUCCCAAUAAAAUACAUAGAUUUUUUUUCUUGUAUUUUUGGAAAGUAUGCGGAAAGUUCAGAGGGAACAAAAUAUUUUUUUUGUAAGGCCCUCAAAAUGUUGCCAGCCAUCAUUUUUCUGGGCCUCUUUAAUAUUUUUUUCACAUAGCAGUACCACGAGAAAUGAUUCUCUGCUGCAGUUAGUUGUGCUUUAUACACAUAAACUUUUAUCACAGGAUGAGGAUAGACCGGGGUUAUUCGGGUGGGUAAAUAACACCAUUGUUUGUGUGUUUUCUCUCAAGUUCCUUUUCCCGCAUGAAGCUCCACUAUCCCUCAGACCCCCCUGACACACGACCACACCUCCACCACCGCUGCCUCCAUCACACCCCUCUUUUCAUGUAAAUGAGAAUGCCGCUUUCUCUGUUGUUAUACCAAAUGACAAGGAAGUGCGUAACCUCAGCACUAAAACCUAAACCUCCCCCGAAUAUCUGCAAGGUGUCCUUUUUAAUGUUGCGAGGGAGCAUCAAAGAGGGAGGGGCAGCGUGUGUGUGAGAAAGAUGCAAAGAGCGAGACACUGUCGCUCCAUUUCGGGUGCCAAAUGGGGCUGUGGGUUUUGACACGCUCACUGACAAAGUCCUCAGCCGGGGCGUAAAAAGUGCGUCUUUUGUUCAGAGCUCACCGUUAGUCUCACUAAACUGAAAACAUCUUUGUAAAUAAAUGUUUAGCUCCUGAAAAUAAGAAUCCCAAGUUAUGAAAGCAGCAGUGCUAUUCAACAAAUUCUGUAUCAAAUACAGACAGAGCUUUGCAUCUCAUAUGGAAGUAUAUACAGUUUUAUUGUCGUGGUUACUAUUUAUGUUUUUAAAAACAACAUAAACCUGCUUUUCAUCCACUCCAUGCCAUUUUGCAGGAUUUCUCUACCCAGUAAAUUUAAUAUCUUGUGGAUAUAAUAACUG